AUGCCUCUCCACCUCCUAGGCAAGAAGUCCUGGAACGUCUACAAUGCCGACAACAUCGCCCGCGUCCGGCGCGACGAGGCAGCUGCCGCCGCGGAGGAGCUCGCCGCCGAGCAGCGCAUGCAGGAUGCCGACGCCGCCCGCCGCCUGGCCAUCCUGCGCGGCGAGACCCCGCCGCCCCUGCCCGAGGCCGAGCAGCCAGACGAUCCCACCGACAAGAAGCACACGCGCCGCAGCCGUGACGGCGACCGGCUCGGCUCGAGGAAGCGCAAGCGCGCGGGAGAGGACGACACCGACUUCGAGAUGAGGGUGGCGCGCGAGCGGGCCGAGGAAGGGGCCAGAGUCGCGGGCGAGCUUGCCGGUGGCACGAUGGCUGGGCCAGUGUCGAAGAAGCAGAAGGGCGACGUGGAAAUCGUGGACAAGAGCGGCCACAUAGAUCUGGUUGGCCCACCGCCGGUGGGAGCUGGUGGCGAGAAGAAUGCCGAGUAUGAGCGCGAGGCCGCCCGGAAGAAGCGCGAGGCGGAAGAUCAGUACACCAUGCGGUUCGCGAACGCUGCUGGCCGGGACGUGCUUGCAUCUGACGCGCCAUGGUAUGCCAAUGCUGGACGCCGGCAGGCUGGAGCUACAAAUUUCUUCGAUGCUGCUGCUGCUGCUGCUGUCCCUGCUCGAAGAGAAGACCGGGAGGCUGAGAUGGGCAUGGAGGCACCCACCAAGAACGUCUGGGGCAGGGAUGAUCCCAAGAGGAGGGACAGGGAAACGUCGAGGCUGAGUUCCAACGACCCGCUGGCCGCGAUGAAGAUGGGUGCCAGGAAGGUGAGGGACAUUGCAAAGGAGAGGAGGCGGGAGGCUGAGGAGCGAGAGCGCGAACUGAAGGAGCUUCGGCAGGACGAACGGAGGCGGGAGAAGCGUAGGAGGAGGGAUAAGGCUCAUGCGGACGAGGAUGAGGACGAGGAGGGAUCGCUGUCAAGGUCGCAUCGUUCACAACGCCCUGAGCGAAGGCAUCAUGGGGAUGAGGGACAUGAGCGCCGGCACGUCCAUCGAGAUGAUGCCCAUGGAGAGGAACGUCGACGGCGGAGGGAAGUCGAGCGUGACGGACACCGAGAAAAGGACAGACACCAUGGACGGGAGAGGGAGAGGUCUCGUGAGAGAGGGACCUCGACUCGGUCACAUCGAGACAAGGACGACAGCCACCGCCGCCACUGA